AUGUCAAACUUUGUUGAUCUGCCAUCCGAGUUGCAAAUUGAAAUAUUUUCCAUUCUCUCUGUUAAACAUUUGAGAAAUAUUCUUUCAAUUAACAAAUCAAUUCAUGAGCAAUUGAUUCAAUCAGAAACAUUUUGGAGAACCUUGAUCAAGAAUUAUUCGAAAGUGAUCGGAGAAAGUGCUUAUGGAGUUGAACAAGCAUCACAAGAAUUAUUCGAAAUUGAAAAUGUCAAGAAACAGUUAAUUGAAAUGAUAGAAAUAAAAAAGAGAAAAACUAAACAAUUCCAACAGAUGUCUAUGGAAUUAGAAUACAUGUUAAGAGAAUUAGAAAUGGUUCAGAGAGAAAUGAAUGCACGAAAUGAAAGUACUUUGCUAUUGGGAGGAAACAUCAGUGAUCAAUUCAAAAAUCGAAUUGAAAGUUUGAAGCAAAAAGGUGAAAGUGUGAAAAAGGAAAAGGAAGAAAUUGCAGAAAAGUUAAAGAAAACGAUUAUUGAUUAA